AUGAUCGAGGACGACAUCUACCGCUCCUCGACACAGUAUCGGUACUGGUCCUACACCAGCGAGGCGCUGGCCUCUCUACGACAAAGUACGAACGAGCUUGCUUCGGAACGUGUACGGGCUGCAUUUGGCCGGAUUCGAGACGCCAAAAAGGUUCAGAAUGCGCAGCAGCCGGAGCACAAGUCGGGAGAAGGGGGUGAAGGAAGGCAAGACCCAGCAAAAGAUGUCGAAACGUUGACUGUAGAAGAAGAGCUCCGGGUGGUGCAUUGGGGGUGCAGCAAGAUCAUUGAGACUGGCAAAGUCACGACUCCACCAAUUCCCAUGGAGAUCAGAGCUACAGCUAUUCAAUUCUUGCGACGAUUCUACCUCACUAACUCUCCCAUGACUUACCAUCCGAAGCAAAUCCUGACUUGUGCUCUAUUCCUCGCUACCAAAACUGAUCAUUGGCACAUUCCACUUUCGACAUUUGUGGACAAGAUCCCGGGCACAGAAGAGAAGGACGUCCGCGCUCCGGAGUUCCUUCUCAUGCAGGGCUUACGCUUUACGUUAGAUGUCCGGCAUCCCAUGCGAGGGCUGGAAGGAGGUGUCGGCGAGAUUUUAAAGCUAUUCGAAGAGAAGAUGCUGCGACUCGAUGGCCCAGAUCAAAAGGGCAGAGUUGGCAGAGCAGCUGACCGAGCGAGCCAAUUGCUCAGAGUCGCUGCUCAGAUGACUGAUGUGUAUUUCCUUUACACCCCCUCUCAAAUAUGGCUGGCUGCCUUCAUGGCUGCCGAUUCAGAUCUUGCCAAUGCAUACCUGGCAUCCAAGAUGGAUCAUCUAGGCCCGGCAGCAGCAAGUCUUCGUGCGAAGCUGGAAUUGACGAUCAGGUCAUGUGCUGAUAUGCUCUCGAACUACAAGUCAGAAGACGAGGCUAACGAAGUAGAGCAAAAGGAGAUGAAGAAGGAAAUGAAGCGUAUUGGUAGGAAGCUCCAUCUCUGCCAAAAUCCAGAGAAAAUGGACCUUGUUGCUGUGACCAAGCAAAAGGCUGCGGAGAAACGGGAGGGUAGUGAAAGCGACAAAGAAAGAGCUUUGAAGAAGAGAAAGUUGGAAAGAGAGAAAUUGGAGCGAGACGGAGACGUGUUUGGGCCUUCUCUGAAAAACUCAAACGCUUAA